UGGAAUGGCUAAAGGCGAUGGGGGCAAAAGGCGGCGAACAGAGAGGUCCGAAAAGUAGGAGAUCCCAGGAUUGCGUAGGCAAGUAGUGGGAUGGAAGCUAGAGACAGAGAACAACCAAUGGGGAGCCACGUGCCAAAUGUGUAGAGAAGGGGUGACGAUAAUGGCCAAUGGAGGUUCUCGUGAGCGUGCACAAGCCUUCAAGGGGUGGUGUCAGAGCGGAGUUAGCCAAUAUGGAGGCUGCAAGAAGCCGGAGAGGCCGUGUGCCUGAAACCACUCUUGCAGAUGGGUUGGAGUGAACAAUGGAUGACAGAAUCCCAGGCCAUGCAGGGUACUGGGGAGCUGGAGACUGCAAGUUUCAGCCACAGCCUGUCAGGAGAGGCCCCUGGACACUGGUUUCCCCCAUUGAGCGUUGGUUGGAGGGGAUGCUCGCUAAGGCUGACCUCGGACACAGACCCAAUGCCCAACCCCAAGCCAGCCAAGCCCUUGGCCCCUUCCAUGGUGCUCAACCCAUCCCUAGGGGCCUCACCCAGCUGGAGGGCUACACCCAAGGCCUCAGACCUGCUGGGGACCAAGGGCCCAGGGGCAACCUUCCAAGGCCGGGACCCCCGAGGUGGGACACAUGCUUCCUCCUCCUGCUUGAACCCCAUGCCACCAUCACAGCUGCAGUUGCCCUCAGUGCCCCUUGUCAUGGUGGCACCCUCUGGAGCACGGCUGGGUCCCGCACCCCACUUGCAAGCACUCCUCCAGGACAGGCCACACUUCAUGCACCAGCUCUCAACAGUGGAUGCCCAUACCCGGACCCCCAUGCUGCAGGUGCACCCAUUGGACAGCCCAGCUAUGAUCAGCCUCCCGCCACCCACAGCUGCCACUGGGAUCUUCUCUCUCAAGGCCCGACCAGGCCUGCCACCUGGGAUCAAUGUGGCCAGCCUGGAGUGGGUGUCUAGAGAACCAGCACUGCUCUGCACCUUCCCAAGCCCCAGUGCACCCAGGAAAGACAGGUUGGUGGGCAGGGCUGGGAGGGACCCUUGCCUUGCCACUCCUUCCCCUGACACCCUAUGUCCCCCCAGUACCCUUUCAACCAUGCCCCAGGGCUCCUACUCACUGCUGGCAAAUGGCGUGUGCAAGUGGCCCGGAUGUGAAAAGGUCUUCGAGGAGCCAGAGGACUUCCUCAAGCACUGCCAGGAAGACCAUCUCCUGGAUGAGAAGGGCAGGGCACAGUGUCUCCUCCAGAAAGAGGUGGUGCAGUCUCUGGAGCAGCAGCUGGUAGUGGAGAAGGAGAAGCUGGGUGCUAUGCAGGCCCACCUGGCUGGGAAGAUGGCCCUGACCAAGGCUCCAUCUGUGGUGUCAUCUGACAAGGGCUCCUGCUGUGUUGUAGCUACUGGCACCCCUGGCACCACCAUUCCAGCCUGGCCCAGCCCCCAGGAGGGCCCCAAUGGCCUGUUUGCUGUGCGGAGGCACCUCUGGGGCAGCCAUGGACAUAGCACAUUCCCAGAGUUCUUCCACAACAUGGACUACUUCAAGUUCCACAACAUGCGGCCCCCAUUCACCUACGCCACCCUCAUCCGCUGGGCCAUACUGGAGGCUCCUGAGAAACAGCGGACACUCAACGAGAUCUAUCACUGGUUUACACGCAUGUUUGCCUUCUUCAGAAAUCACCCUGCCACCUGGAAGAAUGCCAUCCGCCACAACCUGAGCCUGCACAAGUGUUUCGUGCGAGUGGAGAGUGAAAAGGGGGCUGUGUGGACCGUGGAUGAGUUUGAGUUCCGCAAGAAAAGGAGCCAGAGGCCCAGCAGGUGUUCCAACCCCAUUCCUGGUCCCUGACCUCAAAACCCAGGAAAGAAACAAGGACAGGGCCAAAAUGCCAGGCAAAAGUGGCCAGGGGCAGGGUUAACAGGACCUGGAUGUGCCCACAGGGACCAAGUAGUAUGUGUGCUGACUUGCCUGCCUGGGACCCUAUUUCCCAGCUGACUACCCACUUGGAUCUUAUGCUGUGUACCAAAGCUGCUCAGAGGGGCCCCAUCCCUGCAAACCCAACCCCAACUCCACUCCAACCCCUGCAACAGGCUCUCCAGGCAAACAAAACCUUCACAAUCAACCACACACACAUCCUUCCUCAGUCAUUCACAGAUAACCUCAGGCUAGAAAAAACACAGGAGCUCACAAUACUGUCCAUUGGACUCCUUACAAACUCUCAAAUACGAGCCUAUCAGUACACUUAAAAUCUGCACAGUUAUACAGACAGUCACACCCAAGUAGUCUUGUCAACACACAUACCCCAAAGCACACAGCCACAGCCAGCCUUCGAACCCUUUGGUGUACUGUUACAUGGAGUGUGUCUUGACACCCACAUAGAAGCAGCUUAGUGCUUUUAGGGUCUCAGGUCCUAGAAAGCCACAAUGACACAUACUGCUCACACAGGGUCUCACACAGCUCCUGACACAUAAGUUUGGUCACACAGCCCAUUAGAACUCACCUGCACACCAUACUCACACAGGCACAUCCAC